AUGAUUCAAGAAGCCAUCUGCAAGCUCAUUGUCACUCAAGGGUUCCGGGAACUCCUCUGGGUCGCCUUAUACCGACCCAUCGCUGACUUACCUGAAGGCCAAGCGCGAUUGGCAGAUUUCUACCCUGAAGCCAUCCAAACCUUAACGGGUUAUCUAGGAAAGGGCAUCGUGGGCGUGCUUGUUACUCUUAUGUAUCAGUCAUUCAUUCCACCUCAUGCGGAAAAGGUACAUUUAAAAACGCUGGAGGUAUAUCCUCAUAUCACCGCCGCCCUGGAUAUGAUGUAUGCGAAUCCACAUCAUUUCAUCUCCUUCUUCGAUGCGGCCCGGAGGCUUCCUCACAUACGGGAGGAAAAUGUCUUAUAUAUUGACCCCAAGUCCCGUCAGCCCAGAAUCAUUGUAGACCCUGUCACGAAUGAGAAACGGAUGAAGGUCAUGGACGAUAUCGAAGAUAUCAUUGUUGAACCGCCUCAUGACGAAUUAGCAGUCCCUUACGCGCAAUACAGGCUCCCACAUUCGUUCAAGUCUGUGGAUAUUCAUGAAUUAUAUGAUGUGCGCGCGUUCUCUCUCUAUAACGCAUGCAAUAAGUCGUUGAAUCUUGAAAACGAACGAAAACGUACCCUCUGCACCGCCGAUCUCAAUUGCUGCACCAUACGAUCGAACCUGUCCUUCGAAAGCCGUAUCCACGCCUUGAUUGGACUUGGUUGCGGGACUUGUUGGGCAUUCAAUGUAGAAGCCGCCUCCGAGUCCAACACUCAAGUCAGGCCGACAGGAAAAGUGGUAGUAGUACUUACGCAGACGUCACAAUCAAUCCAAUCGGGCAGAUAUUCGACUAUUGAGAACAUGACAACGUCAGUGCCCCUACAAUCUGCCACGCUGUCUGAUCGUGGUAUUGGUAUCUGGCCGACUCAAUUGCCCCGAUACGCCGAAGUAGUAUUGCUUACGGAUGAUGCGUAUGAAGAUAACCUGGUCCGCGGGAAAGAAAUAAGUGAUCCUCCGUUCGUCGUCUUAUUAUUGACCGGUGUCAAACUAAUCUCCAUCAACAGGCCUCUGGUGUACGGAGACUGGCAAGAGUUGGUCCACCCAAUAGGUGGUACGUAUUUCUACAAUCUCAGGAAGAACGCGUUUACGUUGACGAACCUGAGGAACUUUCAGAAUCUACAGACACUGGAUGAGUUUGUUAAUGCAUCACGAGCCGCGGCGAAAGAAGAUUCGUGGAUAUUGGUUGUUGAGCCGAUCAUCUUUAUGGGAGAAGAAAGGUUCCAGUAUUAUUAUGUAGUCCCCGGCAGCCGUAUAAUUGCAUGGCUGGAGGACCUCGAUGGCUACAUUCUCUUCCAACCUUGUGUCAAGUCAAGCACGUGGAAGCACAAGAGACUCGAAUUGGAAGCUCAAUAUUGGAAACACUUCGAAUACUUUCCGCACCAGUUUAGGUUGUCUCGAUUGGAAGUGAGACGCAUACGGGGAGAAAUGGUUUGCUACCUUGGAGUGACGCUCAGAAUAACAGCAAAAACAGAAGCGACGACCUUGAAACAAUCUACUGCGGCAUCUAUUUUCUGGACUUUAGAGGAAAUGGAUCAAAUCAUCGGUCAACUGGCCUAUGUUGGUCAUCACCAGUAUUUGCACCGCUACAACCAACCUGAGGCUCGCCUAAUUCGAACACAUGCAGUGAGAGAGAGGCACACAAAGUUCAAACUUUUGCAUUUUGUGGGCAACACUGCAGCCACGAUGCUAUGUAUGCCGAUCACUUUUUCUCGCGUCAGGAGCACCUCCGUCGAUGGUAUCGUAAAUGGGGUGGAAGUUCAGUCGUUUAUCGACGAUUUCGGCAGUCAGACAAGAAAUCAGAUUACCUUGGCAGGUAUCUCCAUGGCUUUGGAUGUCGCUAUUCUUGCCGUUCCAGGGUUAGGCGCAACAACAACUGCACAAACAUUGUGCUCUUGCUCCUUCCUUCUUGGUGUUGGGUGCCUAUUAUCUGCGAAGGAAGGCGGUGAUGCUUCUGGUAAUAACAAGCAUACCGACCUGCUUUUGCGUAUUGAGGUCACUCAUAGAAUCAUUGUCAGUGUAACAAGUUCCAUCCUCGGAUUUCUCACAGGCAUCACCAUAGACUUCAGGCCAUCCGCGCCCUCAGUCAUUGCGUGCUUUGCUACACUCGCCGUUGUGUGGUCGCCAGUUACGGUCCAGGCCCAGCUAGGAUAA